AUGCGUACAAUAUUUAUUUUUAUUAUUAUAUUUAUUGUUUUACUUCAAUUGGUAUAUGCAAAUUCUUACCAAUCAAAAACAAAUUAUCCUUCAGUUGUGCACUCAGAAGCAUCACAAUGGCUUUCUACACAUGAUCCACCACGUCGUUGGAGACAACAAUAUACAUAUGAUCAAGCAAGUGAUGAAGUUAAUCAAGCAUUAAAUAGAUUGCAAAGUAUUAACGACAAUGGUAUUCAACAAUAUAACAGCCAAUCUUUCGAUGGUGUUCCAAUGGAAGUACUCUAUGAACUAUCACGAAAAGGCGUUAUAUCUAUUGAACAAAUAAAAUAA